AUGGCCUCCUCCAGCGCGGCGUCAAAGCCGAUCCAGAAGAUCCUAGACUCAACUAAAAUCGCGUCCUUGUUGAAAUUCGUACGCAAGCCACCGGUUGACCCGAAGCAACCAAUUCAAGGAAAGCCACGAGAGACGACCUCGAAUGCAUUCAAGGAGCACAUCAAGCGGGAGAGCGUGCGGCUUCAGAAGGCGCUGAAUUCGAUCUCCCACGGCAAGCAUAUCUUCGUCUAUCACAAUGUCCGCACCAAGCAGGUGGUCUACUCCUUAACUCGGUAUUUGGAGAAGAACAACCUCCUCCGCCAGAUGGUCUACCAUGGCAAGAAGACCGUUCCUGCCGAUCUGCGCCGAGACAUGUGGAUUCCAUACUACUCCGUUCACUUCGGCGAUGCGCGCCUCGGCCUACGAGCCUACCAACUGCUCCGCGAAUUCUCGAUGCAGCGACAAUUUUCUCCCCCGGCCGAGAUGAUCACAGUGACAAAAGAGUACCUGGCACUGAAGCGACCGAAGAACCCGGUAGAGGCGGAGGAGUUCGAUGAACUGAACAAGAAGCGGAUCGGCAAGCCGAUGCAAAAGAAGGAGCGUGCCCGGGUUCUCAUGGACCAAAAGGCUACCUCCGUGGCGGACAUUGCUGCUGUCCUAGCCAUCCAACAAGAGGAAAUCCAGAACGGGCUCCUGGAGGAUGACUACAAGCGAGGAUACCUGACCAAGAAGGCUCGCCAACGCCGCCGCGAGGCCCUUGAGCGCGAGAACGAGCAGGCUAUUAAGAACAUGGCUCGGAUCGGGGCGCUCGAGAAGCAGCUGAGUGAGCAGGACCGGACCGGAGUGCAGGUCAAGAUUGGCGAGGAGGAUGGUGCAUACCCCGAGAACGUCGAGUCCGUCAAGCUUCUCUGGCGGGAUGCGCACGAUGCGCACUAUGCCGAGUCGUGGCCCAGCAAUGUCGAGCACGGCGAGCUGGAGAUCAAGCGCAGUGCUAUCAUUGGCCGGGAGCGACACCUGGAUGGCACCGAUGAGGUUGUUACGGAGCAUGAGUUCAAUGAGCGGAAGGAGUAA